AUGGAUUUCCACCUGCAGCCCCACUGCGACUAUUAUCUGCUGUCAUCUCGGGGUGGCAGCUCUUUGAUAGAUGCCAAAAAGAAACAUCAAGUAUCAGUUUUAGAUCAGGUGUUGCUGGAUGCUGGUACAGUAAAGCUGACUCCGGACAGGGCUCGCCUCUCCACGGACCCGAGCAACCACACCAUGGUGAAGGAGUUCGUCUUCUCGGAACUUACUCACUUCCAGGAGCUGGCUCUGCUGUUUGUGUUCUUCCUUGCUGUGUCUGUGACAACUGUGCUGGGAAAUGCUCUCCUGGUCACCAUCACCUGCGAGUCCCGCCUCCACACCCCCAUGCACUUUCUCCUGGGAAACAAACCAGACCUGGACAUUGUCUUUCAACCUGUUACGGUCCCCAAGUUCCCGGUGGAUCUUCUGUCAAAGAGGAAAGCCAUCUCCUACAACGGCUGCACGGUACAGAUCUUUUUCUUCCACUUUGCUGGUGGGGCAGAUACUUUUUUCCUCUCUGUGGUGGCCUUUGACAGAUACCUUGCAAUCGCCAAACCCCUGCACUAUGUGAUCAUCACGAGGAGAGGCUUGUGGGUGGUGUUGGUGGUGGCUUCCUGGGUGGGUGAAGGUUUCCAUUCAAUUGUCCAGAUAAUUCUCAUGCUUCCGCUCCCCUUCUGCAGCCCCAGUGUCCUGGAUGCCUUUUACUGCCACAUGCCCCAGGUGGGGAGACCGGCCUACAUGCACACUUACGCUCCGGAGCUUCUUCUGAUCUCUAACAAUGGACUGGUGACCUUGCUGUGGUUCUUCCUGCUGCUGGGCUCCUACACUGCCAUUCUGGUGAUGCUCAGGUCCCACUCCGGAGAAAGACGGAGCAAGGCCCUCUCCACCUGCACCUCCCACAGCCUGGUGGUGACUCUCCACUUUGUGCUUUGCGUCUACAUCUACUGUGGGCCCUUCACCACCCUGCCCAUGGACACAGCUGUGUCCAUCAAUAACACAGUCACCACCCCCAUGCUGAACCCCGUAAUCUACACUAGGAACCAAAAGAUGAAGUCAGCCAUGAGGAGGCUGCAGAGGAGGCUGGGACCUGAUGAGAGCACUAAUGUGGGGUGA